AUGGAUAUAAAAAGGAAACCUGCUCCCGUAAAAGUGGUUGAAAAAUCGAAAGCUAAUCAUGGCGACAGAUCAGCUAUUUUUCAUAGAAUCAAGGAGAGCGAUAGCUCUGAACCUAUAGCUCGUUUUGAGCAUGACAUUGUACUGAUCAGGCAGCUGCUUAAUCAACUCAUGCCUCAAAAUAUGACUGGGGUCACCUUGCUAAAGGUGUACAGACUAGGGAGUCUAACGGACUCGAAACCAAAUCAUUCCAGACAGCUUAAAGUAGUAUUCAGCUCUUCGAACGAACGUGACCUAAUUUUACAAAAUGGACACAAAUUAAAGGGUUCAGGAGUCUUUAUCUGA